AUGACUGCAGUGAUAUGGUGGAAGCUCACGUGGCCGGAGCCCCAGGCUAUUCGCAUUUCCAUAUUCCCUUCAAUCCUCUCCUUUCGCGGACGUUUGCAACACACUAGCCAGCUGCAGCAUUUGGCUGCCAGCUCGCCUUACCAGGUGGUUGGAACCUUCUUGGAAAAGCAAGUGACGUUGAUAGUGGUUACCGCAUGA